GACAGACAAUAUAGAAGAUUAAACCCUUUAAUUGCGCUCAUACAUACAUCAGAUAUAAUAUUUCCUAAUUAAAUGGAUCUGCCUAUCCUAAUAUCAGAUGCCAAAUAUGCAAAAGAACUACAAAAGCAAUAUGUUCUUGAGGACUCUUUAACCUCGAGAAAUAAUGCUCUUGCAAGGAGGGAAAAGUUGUGCUGUCCUAAUAAAAGAUGUUCAAAGUUGCUCAUUCUUGAUCCUGUUGAAGGGAUUAUUAAGGGCAUAUGUCCUUCGUGCAAAGGACCAUUCUGCACCCAGUGUCGAGUCCCUUGGCACACUGGGCGUGAUUGUGAUGAGUUUCAAAAGGAAGAAAAAGACAGAGAAAAUGACAUAAGGGUUAAGUUGCUUGCUGAGAAUCGCAAAUGGAAGAAUUGCCCUCACUGCAAUUCCCUUGUCGAGAAGGUUGAUGGUUGUAUGCAAAUCACUUGCAGGUGUAAAGAACAAUUUUGCUACGCAUGUGGAGAAACUUGGAGCGAAAGGCAUUGGAAUUGCUAGACUCGUUAAUCAUAUUGGGACUGGCACUGGAUGCUGGAUAAAAUGUUGCAAAAUAAAAGGGAGAACCAAAUCACUUAUUAUGGGUUAUUUAAGCUGAAGACCUUAAGUUUUGUACACUUCCGGUGUAUUUUUUUUUUAUAUAUCUGCAUUUAAACCUCUUUAAAAUGCGAGAUUUGAAAAUAGAAUAUGUUAAUUGCUACUAUUAUUAAUUAAACUCUUUUUUGAUCGUC